AUGGCUGUUCUGAAACUCAUCGACCAGGGGCUGGGGCGGGGGAAGCCCUCGCCCUGCAGGCCUGGCCUGGAGAAUUCCGGUUGCUCCAAAAUAUUCCUAGCUGUCCUUGCCGGCACCCUGUUUGAGAUCUCCCGUGCGCACGCGUGUGUGUGUGUGGGUGUGUUUAGGUGUCUGGAGUUCCUGUUACAGAGUGGAGCGACAGCGAGUCUGAAGGACAAACAGGGCUACAGCGCCGUGCACUACGCUGCUGCCUACGGCCACAGACACUGCCUGGAGCUGCUCCUGGACCAGGACGAGGCCCCGCUGGAGGACCCAGGUUCCCCCAACACCAGGAGUCCGCUCCACCUAGCGGCCUACCACGGUCACGCCCCCGCCCUGGAGGUGCUCCUGCAGGGGGAGCGGGACGUGGACCAGGGGGACGAGGCGGGCCGGACCCCGCUGGCCCUGGCGGCCCUCAGGGGCCACAGCGACUGCGUCCACACGCUGCUCAGCCAGGGGGCCUCGCCCAGGGCCCGCGACUCCGCCCGCAAACGCACACCUGUACACCUGGCAGUGAUGAACGGCCACACCUCCUGCCUGCGCCUCCUGCUGGAGGACUCGGACAGCGCAGACCUGCUGGAGGCGGCCGACGCUCAGGGACAGACCCCCCUGAUGCUGGCGGUGGCGGGGGGGCAUGUGGACGUGGUGUCGGUGCUGCUGGAGCGGGAGGCUGCAGUGGACACGGCGGAUCGACACGGCCUGACCGCGCUGCACCUGGGGCUCCUGUGCGGGCAGGAGGAGAGCGUGCAGUGCCUGUUGGAGCAGGAGGCGUCAGUACUGCUGGGCGACCACCGGGGGCGCACCUCCCUGCACCUGGCGGCCGCGCGCGGCCACGCCUCCUGGCUGAGCGAGCUGCUGAACAUCGCCUUCGCCGAACCGCCCGCCCCCCUGCUGCGCGACCGGGCGGGCUACACCCCGCUGCACUGGGCCUGCUACAACGGCCAUGAGGGGUGUGUGGAGGUGCUGUUGGAGCACAAAGCGAUUGGCUCGUUUGAGGGGAACCCCUUCAGCCCGCUGCACUGCGCCGUAGUGAACGAUCACGAGGCCUGCGCUUCCGUCCUCCUGGAGGCCAUGGGCUCUGACAUCGUCAACUGCCGCGAUGCCAAGGACAGAACCCCUCUUCAUGCAGCUGCGUUCUCUGGUCACGUGGACUGCCUGCAGCUGCUCCUGGCCCACGAUGCACCGGUGGACGCCGUGGACCAAUCGGGACGCAGCGCUCUGAUGAUGUCGUCGGAGCGGGGCUGUGCGGGGGCUGUGGAGGUGCUGUUGCGCAGCGUGAACGCAGACGUCAGUCUCUCGGACCAGAACGGAAACACGGCCCUGCACCUGGCCUGCAGUAACGGAAAGGAGGAGUGCGCUCUGCUCAUCCUGGAGAAGCUGACAGACCCCACGCUAGUCAGCUCCACCAACAAGGCGCUGCAGACGCCGCUCCACCUGGCCGCGCGCAGCGGGCUGAAGCAGGUGGUGCAGGAGCUGCUGACCCGCGGGGCCAGUGUGCAGGCGCAGGAUGAGAACGGGCUCACUCCUGCUCUGGCUUGCGCUCCCAGCAGUGAGGUGGCAGACUGCCUGGCUCUCAUUCUGGGUCCCAUGAUGCCUUUGUGCUCCCCUUGCAGCUCCGGUGGCCCCUCCCCCCGCGCCCUCCUGAAGACCCCGCCCCCCCGAGGGAGGGGCCACCGGGAGGGGCGGGCCACGCGCGUGCCCUCGGCCACGCCCAGCGAGGGAGACGGCACCACCGAGAACGACUCCGACUCCGAGACCUUCUGACCCCUGACCCCUGACCCCUGCUGGACUAUUACCCUACUGACCCCUCUGUGUUCGUACACACACACACACACACACACACACACACACAUAUACACACACAGACACACACACGGCACGCACACAGAUGCGUGCCAACAUAGACACCACACUCAAGUACAAAAACACAAACACAUACACAGACAUACACAAAGUAUACACACACAGCAGCCUCAGAGAUUAGUGGGUCAGGUUGGGUUCUUUGACUCUUUAACAUUCUGGACUUUCUAAAUGCCAUUUUUAGUGUUUAUUUUGACACAGGGACCACACAAUAGGAAGUGAUCUUUUUAAAGCUGGUUAUACGUGUAAAUACGGUCAUACGCCGGUCGAACCACAGGGUACCCUAAUGUCCUGGUGGACGUCUGUAAGCACAAACAGCAGCAGCAGCACAAAUGUAUGUUUACACACGUGGAAAUACCGUGUGUGGUAGCGUGACGGAUGCCAUCUGACAUGCAAGCCUGCCCCCCCCCCCCCGCCCUCGACGCCAAAUCCAACCCCCCAAAUCCACGUCUGUCUGUGGAGUACAGGAGGAAUGACCCUUCAGCGACCCGCAUCGCUGAGCCAAACCUCGCUCCUCAACGGAACCUUUCCGCCAUUUUGGGCUCAAAACGAGGCCCGUUUGGCUCCACUGGGGCGAGAUCUUGUCACGCGUGUUCACUUCCGGGCUCUCUGUAGCUGACACAGGGCCACAGAAGUCUGAUUGGCUAAAACAGGGGUGUCAAAAAUCCAGUCCUGGAGGGCCGCAGUGUCUGCUGGUUUAACUCCAGUCCUGGAGGGCCGCAGUGUCUGCAGGUUUAACUCCAGUCCUGGAGGGCCGCAGUGUCUGCAGGUUUAACUCCAGUCCUGGAGGGCCGCAGUGUCUGCAGGUUUAACUCCAGUCCUGGAGGGCCGCAGUGUCUGCAGGUUUAACUCCAGUCCUGGAGGGCCACAAUGUCUGCAGGUUUAACUCCAGUCCUGGAGGGCCGCAGUGUCUGCAGGUUUAACUCCAGUCCUGGAGGGCCGCAGUGUCU